AUGGAGGAGGAAAAGGUCACAGAAUUAACCCCUAGGGUCGUUCAGCACAUGACAGAAUUUGAUACCACCUUUCAUCCCGGGGUAGACCCCAAAGAUCUUGUUCACGCUGUUCAUGGCACGGUAGUUAGUGAACUCAAGAACUGGAGAUCCGCACCACCUAAUUUUGGUGAAAUAUUCUGCCACAAUUGUGGAUUGGAUGAUAAUAUGGCCCGAAAUGGAUACACUUCACGCGUAAAGAUCACAUAUAUUAGACAAAAUAAUGCCAUAUGGGAACUUGGCGGACCAGAUGGGCCGUGGCUAUUGAAAGAUGAAAUAAACGUGGCCAAGGAUGGCAAGUCGGUGGACUAUACAUCACAGAAAUUUCUUCGGGAUGCCAACAUAGGUAUACCCCUUGUGGAAAUGUACAGAUUUGGGGGCGGCGAUGAAAAGUUCCAUUUUACAAUGAUGUCUCGAGCCAAAGGAAAACCGCUAGAAGAGUUGAAAGAUAUUUGCGAUGAACAGUACAAUGAUCUUUUGAUGGAUCUUAAAAACCAUAUCAAAAGCAUUCGCCAGUUUACCAGUCCUCACAUGCGGAGAGUAGAUGGCGGAGAACUUUAUGAUAACUACAUUGGAAAAUGCUAUGGAUUUCCCUGUGUGAAUACAGGGCGAAAUGAAGAAGAAUGGCUGGAAAAUUUAACUCCUGCGAUGCGUAAAGCCCCUUUAUGGAAGCUUUGGUUGCGCAAUAAAACUGGGCGUAAAAACCCAAAGACACGCGACGCGUGGAUCAAAUGGGUGGACGAACAAAUAGACAAGGCUAAAGCAGAUUUCCCAAAGGGUGGACCAUAUGUUCUAACCCAUGGCGACUUGCAUGAUGGGAAUAUCUAUGGCUCGAAUGACAAUGCGGAUCAAAAGUGGAAGGUCACCGCAAUUAUUGAUUGGGAAACGGCUGGCUACUACCCUUGGUGGGUGGAACUUCUUCGCGAACCUCGACUACUAAGCGGUCCCGGUACGAGCGAAGAGAAGAUGUUGGAGUUUUGCCCCCCAACAUUCAAGAAGGAAGAUUGGGCUCCGAUGUUAAAGGCCAUAGAGAGGGUUCGUAAGCUAUAUGAAGCUGGAGGAGGUGACGGUCAUAGCAUUCAUGGAAAGGGUGGCGCAAAUAGAUGGUAUAGCAAGGAAUUUUGUGAAUGCCAUAAAGUGAGGAAGACGUUUCUGGAGUGGAAUAUGGGGUGGCCCCAAGAGCAUCAUGAUGUAUUUGAGCCUGAGCUUUCGGAUCCGGAUGAUGAUCCAGAAAAAGAAAACUUAACCUACAAGUACGACUUUGACAAAGAGGACAGAGAGUUUUUGCGGUGGUACAACACAAUUGGUACAUAG